AUGGUCGUUGAAUCUCCACAGAAUGGCUCUCUUGCCGGAGCUGCUGAAUCCAAAGCCCGCAAAUGGCGCGGCAAAUUGUUCGCCAAAGACAAGACCCCAAAGGCAUCUAUCGAUGAGCAGUCCCCGCCAAACCACCCCAACAAUCCUGCCGCCUUGACCAACAACAACAACAACAACAACAACAACAACAUCAUCACCAUCAUCAACUACGCCAACAAGCAGAGCAACGGCGCUCGCCAUCAUAUCACUCUCUUCAUCACCCACAUCAAAAAUCACCAACAGCGAUGGCCCGAAGCUGGCGACAUCUCCAGCCGAUCUCCCUCUCGUCCCUCCAUUGACGCUAAAACCGCAACUGGUGCGACUCCGAUAAGCACCCAAGGGAAGAGGCGCCGUAACAAAGGUUUAAAGGUGACGUUUUCGAACGAUGGUCCAGAGGUCAUCGGGGAAGGGGGGGAAGAAGCUGAUCUACCAACAAAGGAUGUACUUCUCUAUCGUUCGAGGUCGCACUCGUCCGCUUCCAAUGCCGCAGAUGGGUCACAUUCCCAAUUUGAGAAUGCAGAUCCAUACGGUUCAACCUCGGACUCUACACAUUGGCCUGGAGCCUAUCCAGGACAAGGCUAUCCUGCGGAGGAUCGUCGGGAGAAGCUUAAAAUGAUGAAGAGUGCACACGAAUUGGAUUUCUUAUUAUCCCUGGAGCCACAUAGUGCGAGAGGGGCUCGUCUAUCAUUGAGGGACUCUGGAGAUCCGAAUUCCUUUGCGCACCGCGUUCGGGCUAGGAUGCGAGUUGAGGAAGGUUUAGCAUUACAGAAAGCUACGCGAACUGAUUCUCCUACGGAUCCAGAUGAGCUGGAUUCUCAACCCUCUCAAGAAACCGUCCUCCCUCUCCGCCCGUCUGCUACGUCGAAUCUAUCACUGGACAUGCCUCAAGAACCAGCCGCUGCUGCUAAAUAUGACUUUUGGGGAAGCGUCUUAUCUGCUCUACCUAACAAAACCAAAUCCAACUGGCAGGAUACCAAUGUAUCGAACAGUCCUGUAAAUACACACAAUUCUCCCUGCUCGUAUCCAGAAACCCCACCUCCACCUUAUUUGAAAUCUUCCUGCACAGAACCGGAUUGUGAACCUGAAAAAGGACGACCGUCUCCCGAAAGUUCUUUCAAUAAUGAUCCUCACCGAACUGAAAACCAUUCUCCAUUGAAGAAAUCAUGGAGGUCCGCUGCCAAUGCCGUGAGCAAUGACGCCCUGGCUGAUUUUACUGCACGAGCUGCGCAAUACAAUGAUAUUUUUAGCGAUGCUGCUGAGAGCGUUAAGCCAUCUAUGGAAACGUCUUUGUCCGAAUGGAUCAGGGCGAGCGUAUGGUGGUUCUUAAAGGGCAGGUCCGAUGUCGAAGCAUCCAUACGUCCUCAGCCCUCAAAUGGUGGAGGGAAUUCUCCGUCCGACGCUGAUAGAACCUGUCAGGGAGUGCUCAAUUUGGCCAAAACAUGGUGGAUUACUGAGCACAUUGUUCCCGGUCAUCCGGAGCUGUCCCGAUUCGGAAAUAUGAGUCUAGACACUUUGAUUGCGGUAACCGCAACUGCUGGCGAUCAAAGGUUGAGCAGCUUAAUGAGCGUUCGUCAUGCAACUCUCAGCCAUCUACGCGCGUUGGCGAUAUUGAUGAAGCGAAAUAAUAUCCUCCCAGCAGCCAUGGAACAUGUUCAUCUCUCCCGGGGAAUCGACACGACAAUAUGGGUCCGGUACCCUUUCUUUGCGCCUGACAUUUCUGCAGUUCUCUCCGGCCAGGUAACGCGAUCUAUGCUCAUGGAUAUAGCGAGAAAGACGACGGACAUUAGCGACGUCAUGCCAUUGGGAGAUUCCAGUCGUUAUUUUUGUUAUGGUAGGAUGUUCGUAGAGGCAUACCUAAGCUCGAGCGAAGAUGAUUCUCAACAAUUUGCGAUUCCGUGUGUUCUAUCUAUUAUUCGAGAUCGAAGUGACUGGAAUGUACUCGUAUCGAUUACGAGCCAAAACGAACUUGUUAAUAUAAUGAUCCAGGGAGAUAAGAAGCUUGGUCCCACAUGGGCAGAUGUAGACUGGCAGCUGAGAACUAACUCGAUGCGGAUUCGACUGCCUCGUGGUUUCGAAUUGGAUAUCCAGUUUGAUCAAGCGGACUUCAAAAUGAUUUGGAAAAUUGUGGAAUAUACCCAUAAAACCGAGGAAAACUUACAGCCAGAAGCUGGUGAAACGUUACUUUUCGAGGAUGUCCUAAAAGUAUUCCAAUACGUGGACUCCGGUCCCAACAAAGCGUUCCCUGCUGAACCAAGCCCGCGAUGUCGAAUACGCCUGUUCGAGAAAGCCGUAACGCUAACGGAGGGGACCGGCACACGAAAAGCCCACAGAGGGUUCCGGUUUAUGGCAGUGACAAGCCCCAAGGUAAAGACACUCAGCAGUAUUUCCCACGAGCUCGGCAAUGGGACACCCAUUGUUUUUGGCUAUCUACGAGGAGAGGAUGGUGCUCCCGCGCUUCUCAUCAAGAUACCGCAAGAAGGUAGCGGCAGGAACCGCUCUAUGUUGUUAACGUUCCACGAACAAGAUCAGCGCGCCAAAUUACACUCGCUACUCCUUGGCAUCACUCCUUUGCAGGACGAGGUGAAGACGCCAGACCUUCCCAUGCGGGCGUUCUCGAUAGAACAGCUCCCGGAUGGGAAUGGCAUCUCGAAACCCAUUGUACAUUUGCAAUUCUCCUCGCCGUCUGCCACAGUGAUUAAUAAUGGAGGCUCCUCUUUACAAUCUACUCAUGGAUACAGUUCGACAGUGCUAUCUGAGCAUCUGCGUGUUUUCGUGACCUCAAAUUGGGGAUCGGCGACGGAUAGAAUUAAUAUUGGUCCUGGAGAGCUUAAGAUUGCUCUCGAUGUCACCAUCCCCACCAUUAUGAGUAUUCUUAGACCACCCCAACUGGAUUUGGGUAUUUCCGUGGCGGAUAAUUUGGUCCCCAAGGAAACCGUGGGCGGUAUGACGAAUCUUUUAAAAUUCCAGAAAGCCAUUACAAACUUUAAAGUUCUUUUCGACGGCUUCGCGUCAGUAUUCACAAUCUCCCGAAGACGAAUGGUCGUCCCCAUCUACAAGAAAUGGGAAGCGAGCAGAGUGCGUCUCCAAGUGCUGAGGCAGGAGAAAAUCGUGCAGCUCGCCGCCUUCUUCCACGACGACUUCAGCCACGGCAAAUGCAUGAAUUUCGUGCUGAAGAGCACGGACAUCUUCGAGAGCUUCAACCACCGCUCCGGCAAGUUUGGUGUCAAGAUCGUCGAUGCCAAAUUUGCCCUUCCCAAACAACCUGCCGACGAUCCCACCGCGGGCUUUGUGUGUCUGGACAUGCCGGAGUAUCCGGGGGAGCAUGAUGAUAUUACUGUUGUUUUUGAUUCGGAAAAGGAUAGAGUCGAAUUCCAAAACGUCAUGCCCGGCUCGGUUAAGGAGCCGUCAAGGGUGGGAUCGCUUCGGAAAUAA